GACCAUGGAGCAAAUACUAGAACUGACUGUUUCUGGGCUACCGAUUUUAAGAGCAAAUGAGCCAUCAGAGUUUAGCUUCAGCUCUUCGCUCUAAUCGUUCCUCUCAGCUAUGGAUUACGAAGAAGAGUUUGCAGAUCAGCAUGUUCCUCCGUCUUUCGAUCCAAUGAAAAACGUUGUCACAGGCAAGGGAUUGAACCCAGGAUUGAUUGUGUUGCUUGUGAUUGGUGGACUUGUGUUGGCAUUCCUUGUUGGAAACUACUUCCUAUACAUGUAUGCACAGAAGACACUUGGCCCUAAGAAGAAGAAGCCAGUCUCCAAGAAGAAGAUGAAGAGGGAAAGGCUGAAGCAAGGUGUCUCAGCACCGGGAGAAUAGAUCAUCCAUCAAUGGACACCCAUCUAGAGGGCUCCAAGUUCCUAUAUGAGUUUGUUAAUUUUGUUCUAUUUUCAGUUCAUGUAGUUUGCUUCAGUUUGAGACUUGAUUAGCAAUGUGAAGAAAAUAAGUAGAGAGAUGGUUGGGGUUUGCAAUGAACAAUAAUAUCCCCUCAACCUCAUCUACCUGUGAUAUCACUGCAAAAAGUGAAAGAAAAGCAAGAUAUGGGUAGGUGGAAUAAAUCUCUUUUGAUUUCUGAAUU